AUGAUCGAUUUAUUUCUUUUUCAGGUGUAUAUCGAAGUUUUGAACGAAAACGAUAACGUUCCGUUAAGCGAAGAGGCGGUUUACUAUCCAAACAUUCCCGAAGAAAGUCCUGAGGGCACUACGGUCCUCCAAAUAAGAGCUACGGAUAGGGAUAAGGACCCGAACCAAAAAAUAACAUACAAGAUCAGCACCGGCAACCCUGAGGGUUUUUUUGCAAUCAACUCGAGUACAGAACUAUUGUCUAGAACUGUUCCAAAAUCGCUAGAUGCCACACCUUUACCCUCAGCCAAGAAAACUUGUUGCUAA